CCUGCCCCGUGGGGCUGCCCUUUGCGCCCCAGCAGCCUGCACUCCCUGGUGGCCUUGCCUCGUGGCUCCCUGACGCUGUGUGGCUGGAAUUAUUGGGACAAGAACUCCCACUUCGCAGCAGGCGCGAAGGGGGUGGCCCCUGGCCGGGCUGGGAUGCGGGGCCUGUGAGGCGUCAGAGCCGAAAGGCCAGCCAUGUCGUGGGACGGAAGGGCAGGGCUUGAGUCUGGGGCCAGCUGCGCUUCGCCUGCCCCAGCCGUCCCCAGAAGCCUGUUGCUGACCCGCACCCCAAGCCUGGCCUGGGGACCCUCUUCCUUGCCUUUCAGGCCACGUAGAGGCCCCACCUGUUCCCGUCCGGGGGAACCCUCCUCUGGCCUCCGCAGCCCAAGCCUCUGUGCCCUUCAGGGCGAGGGGGCAGCCGGCGCGGCCGAGGCCCUGGGCUGGGAGGCAGGGACCUUUGGCCCGGUCUGUGCCGCUUCUCUUGUUUCUCGGCUCGGUGUGACCUGGGCCGUCCCUGCCCUUCCCCGCCCCUGCGUCCUCACCUUCACCUCAGUACAGGGCCAGGUGCUGGCCCUCCGCUUCCCCCUGAGUCCCCAGCCCGGGCCCCGCGUGGCUCCGCAGCCGACAGUGCCUCAUUCCUGCAAGCGAGUCUGGCCUCCUUUCCCGGGCCCGGGAAAAGCGCGGCUCUCCAGCACAGGACCCUCUGAGCCGGCCUCGCCCGCCCACCUCCACGCCAGGUCUCCUGCCUCCACGGCCGGGGGAUCCCCUUGCUGAGUGGUACGGCAUCGUCCUGGACGCUGGCUCUUCACACACGUCCAUGUUUAUCUACAAGUGGCCGGCAGACAAGGAGAACGACACAGGCAUUGUGGGCCAGCACAGCUCCUGUGACAUUCCAGGUGGGGGUAUCUCCAGCUACGCAGACAACCCUUCUGGGGCCGGCCAGAGUCUUGUUGGAUGCCUUGAACAGGCGCUUCGGGAUGUGCCCAAAGACAGACACGCGGGCACGCCCCUCUACCUGGGAGCCACAGCGGGUAUGCGCCUGCUCAACCUGACCAAUCCAGAGGCCUCGACCAGUGUGCUCACGGCAGUGACACGCACACUGACCCAGUACCCCUUUGACUUCCGGGGUGCACGCAUCCUCUCGGGCCAGGAAGAGGGGGUAUUUGGCUGGGUGACUGCCAACUACCUGCUGGAGAACUUCAUCAAGUACGGCUGGGUGGGCCGGUGGUUCCGGCCAUGGAAGGGGACGCUGGGGGCCAUGGACCUGGGGGGUGCCUCCACCCAGAUCACCUUUGAGACGACCAGUCCAGCUGAGGACAGAGCCAGCGAGGUCCAGCUGCGUCUCUACGGCCAGCAAUACCGAGUCUACACCCACAGCUUCCUCUGCUAUGGCCGUGACCAGGUCCUCCAGAGGCUGCUGGCCAGCGCCCUCCAGACCCACGGCUUCCACCCCUGCUGGCCGAGGGGCUUUUCCACCCAAGUGCUGCUCGGGGAUGUGUACCAGUCACCAUGCACCGUGGCCCAGCGGCCCCAGACCUUCAACAGCAGUGCCAGGGUCAGCCUGUCGGGAAGCAGUGACCCCCACCUCUGCCGAGAUCUGGUUUCUGGGCUCUUCAGCUUCUCCUCCUGCCCCUUCUCCCGAUGCUCUUUCAAUGGGGUCUUCCAGCCCCCGGUGGCUGGGAACUUUGUCGUGAGUAGGGGCAGGUGGGUGGCUGGGAACUUUGUCGUGGGUAGGGGCAGGCGGGUGGCUGGGAACUUUGUCGCCUUCUCUGCCUUCUUCUACACGGUGGACUUCCUGCGGACUUUGAUGGGGCUGCCCGUGGCCACCCUGCAGCAGCUGGAGGCAGCGGCGGUGAAUGUCUGCAACCAGACCUGGGCGCAGCUGCAAGCUCGGGUGCCAGGGCAACGAGCCCGCCUGGCCGACUACUGCGCCGGGGCCAUGUUCGUGCAGCAGCUGCUGAGUCGCGGCUACGGCUUCGACGAGCGCGCCUUCCGCGGCGUAAUCUUCCAGAAGAAGGCCGGGGACACUGCAGUGGGCUGGGCGCUCGGCUACAUGCUGAACCUGACCAACCUGAUCCCCGCCGACCCGCCGGGGCUGCGCAAGGGCACAGACUUCAGCUCCUGGGUCGUCCUCCUGCUGCUCUUCGCCUCCGCGCUCCUGGCUGCGCUUGUCCUGCUGCUGCGUCAGGUGCACUCCGCCAAGCUGCCGAGCACCAUUUAGGGGCCGGCGGGGGCAGCUGCCCCAUCCCUUCCCCCACCCCUGUAUCCCCACCCCGUACUCCCACCCCUCCUCCAACCCCUGUACCCCCCACCCCUGUAUCCCCACCCCUCCACCCACCCUCACCCCUCUCCCACCCCUGUACCUACCUCUCUCCCCACCCCUGUAUCCUGCAUUCCUCCACCCGCCCUCCAUCCACCACCCCUCCACCCCACCACUGUAUUCUCCAUCCUUCCACCCCACCCUCAGCGUCUCUGCCCCUAAGGCAGCCCAGGAAAUGGGAACUGAGACUCUGGUACCCACAGGGGCCUGGGUGGGCAAAGAGCGCUCAAUCCAGCUCCUUGAACCCCUCCAGCCCGCUUCAGCCUGGGCAUCACUGCAGGCCCCGUGCUCCUUCUCCUCCUCCUCAGGGCUGGGUCUCCAGAGAGUGGGGCCUUGGUUCUGAGAAUCAGCCCUUAGAGGUUCCUUCUGUGGAGUCUGGGUCUGUACUGGGGAGGGUCACAGCCCACGGGCUGGCAGCCAGCCCAGCACCUACUUGUAAAAAUUUUGUAAUAAAAAGUUUUUCCUAUAGA